AUGGAUACACACUCCUUCAAUAACUCUUCUCAAAUGGCGGCCAAAGACUACUUUUCCCUGGACGAUUCCGACUCGCUUGUGCUCUACCAGUUGGCCCGCGUAAUGACCAUAUAUGUACAGCCUGUCAUCUGUAUUGCCGGACUAACUGGCAAUGUUAUAUCAUUAUUUAUAUUUCUAUCAAAGGACUUACGAAAAACGUCAUCCAACAUCUACUUAGGUGGACUAUCGGCAUGUGGCUCUCUCUUUCUAGUAGCUCUGUUCCUGGUUUGGCUAGAGGUAACUGGUUUCAGACUUGUACACGAGCCAGUUUGGUGUCAGAGCAUUGUGUUUGUGACUUACGUCUGUAGUUUCCUUACCGUGUGGUUUGUGGUAUGCAUCACGGUAGAGAACUACAUAUUCACAUUUCAUUUGCAGAAAGCCACAUAUUUCUGUACAGUUCCUAAAGCAAAGGUUAUUGUGUCUACCGUGACGGCCAUUGGAAUUGUCAUUUAUUUGUUUGUGAUGUGGGCGUCUGGAGUCGUUGUUGUGAGGGGGCACAAUAUAUGUACAGAAUCGGCCGCUCAUCCCCGGAUCACCGAGAUCUUUACAUACAUUGAUACCGUGGUAGUGUUGGUUUUACCUUCCAUAAUACUGGUUAUGCUGAUUGGUGCAAUUCUUAUCAAACAUGUAUGGAUAACAAGGUCAGAAAUACGGACACGCCUGUCAAAAAAGGAGAAAUCGCUGGUAAAGAUAACAAGAGUGCUGCUAGCUAUAGGAAUUAAUUACGUAGUACUAAGCGCGCCUUCCUACAUCAACAAAGUCCGCUUCAUCAUUAUGACAGCCUUUACGGACAUCCGUCCUACUAUCACCGACCGAUCGUUAAACCAAAUCUUUCAGAUCAUAUUCUAUAUGACAUUUUGUGUGAACUUUUUAUUCUACAUCUUGUGGAGUGUCAAUUUUAGGCGAGGACUCAAGCGAUUGUUUCUUUCUCACAAAUGCUGUCAGCACAACACAAAAUGUGAGGGUAGUCGGCAGCGUAUACUGCGAGACUUAACGUGA